UCUAAUCGGCCUUUUGUUCUAAACGCAGCUGUGAUUGGUCAACUAUUAAAAUAUUGUCUUAUAAUGACCAAUAAAGGAAAAGAAUAUAUUUUCGUUUUGUCGGCCAUUGCUCGAGGGCAGUCGUGACAACGAUCGCCUGUUUUCCGACAUUUUUCCGGAGGUUUCGAAGCGUGCGUGAAAACAACAUGGCGACCCGCGAGGGUUCACCAGUGAUUUCUUCAGAAGACUCAGACAGACUCAGAGUAUGAACAAGGUUGUGAAACGUCUGACAGCGAUGAAAUUUACUCGGAAGAAAGCAGCAAUAGUUCAGAAUCCGAAGAAAGUAGUGAUGACGAGUUGAAUAAUAGCCCUGAAAGAGCUGCACUUUGGACACGUGUUUAUCCACCGGAGGAUGAUCCUGGCGAAAUCAACUUUGUUGUUCGUGAUCCCGGAGUGGAAAAUAUGCCCCCUCCAGAAUCAAGUCCAUUGAUCUAUUUCUGCUUGUUCCUUACACAAGAAAUUCUGAACAAGAUUGUUGCAGAAACACGCCGAUAUGCAGAACAACAAAUGAGAGGUGAACAAGAUCAGCGAAGGAGAAGCAGGGAGUCAGGCUGGGACACUUGCAAUUUCGGUGUUUCUGCUUUGAAGAAGUAUCUGGGUUUAACACUGCUCAUGGGGCUUGUAAAGAAGAAGGACACAACAAUGUAUUGGAACACUAAGUUUUCCUGCCUUUCUACACCUUAUUUUGGCAAUGUUAUGUCCAGAAAUAAUUUUCAAUUGAUCUCAAAGUACCUCCAUUGUUUUGACAAUACACGACCAGAAGCAAAGAAGGACAAUGCACUUUACGACCCAUUACACAAGUUCAGGUUAGUUCUUGAUGCUCUAAACUGUGCAUGCAAGAAACACUAUAUUCCAAAGCAAUUGAUCUCUAUUGAUGAAAGUCUGAUAGGAUUGAAAAACAGAACUGAACUAAUACAGUACAUACCAAAUAAGCACCACCAUAAGUGGGGAGUGAAACUGUAUGCUGUAACCGAAUCCUCUUUGGGUUAUCCCCUGCAUACAAUGGUCUACUGUGGAAAGAAACGCAGUCAGCCUGCCUCUCAAUUUGGCCAUUCUUAUGAUGUUGUGAGAGAGCUGAUGUUAGAAGCCAGUUUGCUCAACAAAGGUUGUCAUCUAUACGUAGACAACUUCUAUACAAGCCCUACUCUGGCUGAAUUUCUGUACACUCAGAAGACUCUUCUAACAGGCACACUGAGGUCUAACAGAAAAGGUGUCCCUGUGAUGUUGAAGUCAGCCAGACCCAAAGUGGGAGAAUGUUUUUAUGCGAGAAAAGGCCCCUUGCUUGCAUUAUCAUGGAAAGAAAAGAAGUCACAGAAGAACCCCUGUCUUAUGCUAACGACAGGGAGUGGUGCUCACAUGAUCAACCACACCCGUCGCAAUGGCCAGAUCAAGGAGUUGCCAAAAACAGUCUCCCUUUACAAUCAGAACAUGGGAGGAGUAGAUCUCCUAGAUCAAAUGGUCGAUCAUGUUGCUGGAGAACGGCCAUUUCAUAAAUUUUGGAAAAAGUGCUUCUUUUCCAUCAUCGACAGAAUGGCAUUUUGUUCAUACAUAUUGUAUGAGCAAAACACCUCCGCCCGACGGAAGCUCACACGUUUCAGAUUUAUGUGUAAUUUGGUGGAGGAGUUGUGUGCUACACCUGAAGAUCAACCAGUGGCUAUCCCAAUCCCAGUGAGACAAGCAAACCUUGUUCAUAGAGCUGUCCUCCUCCCUGGAAAAAAGAGAAGGACUGCAUUGUUUGCUCUGACCGCUCAACCCCUGGUGGAAGAAAAAGAAGCCGUACUCAGUGUGAAGGUUGUGGCAUUGGGGUUCACCUGAAAUGUUUUGAUCAGCUGGACCAUGCUACAAAAAAGAGAAAAUAAACAGACAACUACUUUUGAAAUUCAAUUUUUAAUGGGCUGUCAUAAUGAACUACUUUUCACUGUUAUUUGUCAAAGUGAUAGUGUAGUCCCCUCGACCGGUGCAUGCCAUGAGCCACUUCAAUGCCUAGUCCUCUCAGCUGUAUUUGGAAAAAGAGGGUUAGCAUCAUGUAGUGAACUUUAUUUAAAACUUUCCAGUUCAAGCUGCAGUUAGAAAAUGUUUGGUGUACAAACCAUGUUGAUAUUCAGGAUCAAAAGAUAGACAUUCUAUGGAUGCAGCUAAUUUGCAUAUUUCUCCUGUCAUUGUUCACAUGAUAAAAAAAACGUUUUUUUACUAUAUUGUAAUUUUUCCAUAUUUCAAGUGUUUUCAACCUUUCCCAUUUGAAGAACUUAUAGAUGAUGCAUUGUUUAGUUUUGUAGCCUCAACUCUUGUAGCUCACAAUAGAGGCACAACUUUUUGUUUUUCUUAUACAAACGUAUUUGUUGUUGCUAUGGCAACCAGGUUACCAUGGAAACUGUCUGUUUGUUUAUAAUUUAUUUCAUAAACAGAAAGGAAAUUUGUUGACAAUUAAAAUGAUACCUUGUUUGUUAAAAUUGGCUGGCUGGUUGCAGAGUUAUAACAUUUUUCCUGCCUGCAUACCACAUAGCCUAAUUUGUUGUGGCAAAAUUGGUAUACCCCCUGCGAAAGUACGGCAUAUCUAGGGUUAAAUUCCCACUGGAGGGACACUCAUUUGGCUGUAUUCAGCAAUUCUUUAACACCA